CUGGGGAGUCCCCCUUGGCAUCACGGUGGCGGCCGUUGCUCUGAAAAAGAUUGGCUACGAUGCCUCCAACGUCUCUGUGGGCUGGUGCUGGGUCAACCUGGAUGCAGAGGAUCGAGUCUUGUGGAUGUUGUUAACGGGGAAGAUUUGGGAGAUGCUGGCCUAUGUGAUUUUGCCAGUGCUCUACAUUCUCAUUAAGAAGCACAUUAACAGAGCGCACGCAGCUCUCUCAGAGUAUCGCCCCAUUCUCUCAAGAGCACCUGCGUUUCAGCCCCGGACUUCCAUAGCAGAUAAGAAGUUGAUUCUCAUCCCUGUCAUCUUUAUCGUCCUCCGCAUCUGGAGCACUGUACGAUUCAUUCUGACCCUCUGUAACUCCCCUGCAGUGCAAAAUUCAGUCCUGGUUGUCCUGCAUGGAAUCGGUAACACGUUCCAAGGAGGUGCCAACUGCAUUAUGUUUGUCCUCUGUACACGGGUGGUCCGGACUCGGCUGUUUUCCUCCCUUUGCUGUUGCCACUACGAUGAGUUGGACUGGCCUUUGCAAAGAUCACACAGCUCCUGGCAGCACCCAGAACCCCACAAGGACAAGGAUGUGCCAGACCCCGAGCGGACAAAACCUCUGCUUGCCAGCACCUGA